AUGCAGAAGUUUUUGUGUACCGCUUUCUGCAUUUCCACUAUAGCGUUUUGUGCCUCCGGUUUACCUCAAGAGGAUGAUGUCGUAGGUGUUCUCGACAAGAUAAAGACAGGCUUGGAAUAUGCGACCGAUUAUCUGGAGACUGCAAAGGAUAUCGCAGAUCUGGUUGCAAAAAGUUUAGGCGCUAAGCAGAAGGAAAGACGAGGAGAGGAUGAUAAAACAAAGGAUAAAGGAAGUUUCGGUCCUUCUAACGUUAUGUCCGCGUUCUUCCGUCUUUUUGGACUGGAUUCGCAGAAAGUUACAGCCAUUGCUGUGAACAGCGUUAUAUUUCUUGCGCAAAUGAUAAGUUCGUUGUUUAACUUGAAACCUCCGAAAGAAAAUGCCGCCAGGAGUUUGGAAGACGAGACUGAUGCUUCAUCUUGGAAUCCAGCUAAACUUAUCACGGAGAGCAAGAGCGAGAGAAUACAAAACUUAAUCGAGCAAGCUCAUGACGAGAAUCUACCGGUUCGACUGAUCGAGAAACUGGAUGGUGCUGAUUCCGCGUGUAUCAGAUUGCUGGUAUGCAAAAUUUCACCGGUGAUAAGGGCGACGCAGAAUUUCCUAAAAAACAAAGCCCAAUGUAAAUCACAUCAAAUGACUUCGUGGUUGCCCAAAAGAGACGAGUUCGAGGAAAACAGCGAUGAAUGCGAAAACACGCAUACCGAUUGCAAUUUAUUUUCCUAGCGGUAGUUAUUGAAUCGACCUGUAGUUUAUUUAACUUUAUUUGCUGCGAA